CAGAGUCAGGGCUCCUCAAUCUGCAAAGAUUUCUACCAAUUAUGCAUAUAAUUAUAAUAAUCUGUGAACAUGAACCCAUCAACGUUUUAUGACAAGACUAAAGAGGGCUGACAGUAGGGCUGGAAACAUGGCGCAUGUGGCUGUUUCACCUGAUGAAAAAGCUGAUUCUAGUUUGAUUAAACUCGAGCAUUAUGGAGUCAUUACGAGCUCAGCGCUCUUCACUGCACGGUGUCCGUCACUUCCGCGAAAGGACAACGUGACUCCUCCCUUCCCUUAGCAACUACAUUCACGUAGCAACAGUUCGACCAAUGGACUCGAGCAGAUACGGGCCCACCGACUCCGUUCCCAUGGCGACUGUUUAGCACGCAGUGACGUGUGUUGGAGGGAGUAUUAUGGGCUGUGCGUGCGUGAUUGCGCUGGUGAGGCUUGAGGCGGAGAGAGGAGUCGCGGCGGGGCAGGAGAAGUAAACAUGGAGCUGUCCGCUGUCGGGGAGCGGGUCUUCGCGGCCGAAUCCAUCAUCAAGCGACGCAUACGCAGAGGCCGGAUGGAGUAUCUGGUGAAAUGGAAAGACUGGUCACUGAAAUACAGCACCUGGGAACCAGAGGAAAAUAUCCUUGACGAACGACUAUUUGCAGCUUUUGAGGAAAGGGAACGUGAAAGGGAAUUAUAUGGGCCAAAAAAAAGAGGACCCAAACCUGAGACUUUUUUGGCAAAAGCUAAGGCCAAAGCCAAAAAUAAUGAAUUCAGAAGAGAGAUGUCACGAGAGAUUCAAGUUUCUUUUCCCAUUGCGGAGCCAGUUGUCACACCACGAGCUCGAGAAGGGCUCAGAACAGUUGUGCCCACAAUUUACCCUCCGAGCACUGUCAACAGAGGAGAAAGCGUUUGUGUACGACCUCCUGAACCAGAGAGAAAACCACGACCUCACGUCUCGGCAGCACAGAGAGUUAUAGACUCUGGUAAUGCUCCAAAAAAGAGAGGACCAAAACCAAAGUUGCGGUUUUCAGUUAAUGCUUCAGGUACUCGUCCGUCAGCUGAAAUAUUAAAAAGAAAAGCCAACGAACACUUUUAUUUUAGUCCUUCGAAAAUGAGAAGGCAUUUUCCAGGAGAAACAUCAGGCUGCAGUGUUUUCCAGUCAACGCAAAAGUUUCAAGCAGAAGCUAUUAGGGCUUCAAAACAAAUCGGAAGUGGUUCGAGUAGCUGUGGUCCUUCCAGCAGCACUUUGCGUACAACAGGACAUGGAAUUUUAAGGCACAGGACAAAUCAGUUCUCAAGUAGUCCAUCGGAUCCACACGCCAAAAGGAAACAUCUUUCCAAGAACAGUUUAUUUCAGUCUGAUCAUUAUUUGUCUCAGAAAUUUCCAGCAUCACACAACCUUGAAGGUAAAGGUGAGGAAUCCUGGAUCCCAUGUCUGAAUAAUAUUGAAAAGGUUACUGUUACAGAUGUAACCAGUAACUCUUUGACUGUAACAAUUAAGGAGAGUUCAACAGACCAAGGAUUUUUUAAAGAGAAAAGAUGACUUGUUUUUUUGUCUUGAUCAGUUGAUAUACACACACAUAAAAUAUUAUUUACGCAUUAUUCAUUCUAGUCUGUAAUACUUCAGUAUUUUUUGCAGUCACGUAAAUAUGUAAAAAAAAAAAAAAAAAAAUCAAUAGUCUAAAUAUAUACAUUUUCAGUCAUAUUUUCUAUGAAAAUGAAGUUUAUUUUUCUACUUCCUAAGAUUUGUGUCCAGAAUUAAAUUGUCUUUGUCAGCUGCAAUAGCCGUGGCCACAGUAAGCCUGUAACACCGUUGGCUGGAAACCACAUACAGUAAAAGCCUAGUAAAUAGUUUGUCAAUAAAAAUCAAUGUCAAGUGGUUUAAGCACCUUUAACUCGGAGUGAGGGAUGAGUUCCUCUUGUAUUAUCUCAUUUAUGUUCUUCAUUGUAUUGUGUGAUCAGAGUUUGUGUAUAAUAACAUGUCAGUCUGUGUGAAAGCACAACGUCAGUAUAAAUACAGACCAGACAGUGACUCAUGAGUACACUGCCAAAAACAACCAGUGUUCAGGACGUUACAUGGACUGUGUUAUUUUUUUGUUGAGUGUUUGUUACUGUAUAAGGCGGAAACUUUCUGGAUUUAUUUUGCUUUUUGCGGCAUAACAAGAAUAGAUUUAAAUGCUUGCUGUAUAGACUGCUUUGUAGGUCGCUUAUUAGCAGGUGAAAUUAUUAAUAAUAAAUAAUUGUCUUGCUUUAUUCUACUAAAA